AUAUUGUAUAUAAAUAUUUGUGUGCAAUCUAAUAUUAUUGCAUUUUCUAUCUUUAAUGUAACAAAUCGGGUACAUUGCUUUGCGUUGAUGGUAAUGAAAUUUCAUUAUCAAAUGAAGGCACUAUAUAUGUAUGAAGCAUUUUAAAUACAUUAUUCAAUGAGAGAGAGAGAGAGAGAGAGAGAGAGAGAGCAAGCGAGAGAGUGUUAUGUGCCGUACUGAUAAUGCAAAGGAACAAAUGGUAGAAACCAAAUAAGUUUUUACUUUACUACAUCUUUUUAAAUUCAUACAUCGAGUUUAUUCAAUUUAAAAAGAUCAUAUAUUUAGGAUAUUUAAAAACUAUUGAGAAAACGAUUUUUUAUUAUAAAGAUUAUUUAUUACAAAAAAAUAAAUAAAAGUUAUAAACUACCGGUAUGUGAUGAUAAUGUUUUAAAAAAUUAUUGAUUAAGUAAUUUUCGUAUGUACAUGUGUACAAAUUGAUUCAUUAACAAUUAUUUAUGAAUAUAAUCAAAAUUUUGUAUAUUGGUCAUCAUUUAUAAAACAUACAUUUCUUGUUAUUAUUUUAUAUAUGUAUGUUGUAUUAUUUUAUAUUUGAAAUUAUGUAAGCAUUAGAGCCAUAUACAAAAAACUGUUGUGUUAUUGAUUUUUAUAUCGUAGAACAUCAUUCCAUUUCUUUUUCAUAUUGUUAACGAUGUCAUUGCACGUAAUAAAAUUUCUAUUUCAUCAAAUUUAUAAAUUAUCUGUUUUCUUAUAAAUUAGAAAGAACAGUAAAAAAACAAGAUAUUUAUGUAUAUCUUCAAUUGUUAUGUGCGUAAAACUGCAGUUUCUGUUUAAUAUAAUGACGCGAAUUGUUUUGCAUGGACAAUUCGAAGUAAAAAGAAUAGCAUUUUUAAAAUAUUUAUUUCAGAUUCAAGACAGUACUAUGUAUAAAUAUAUAAAAAGAGAAUUUGUUUCUAUUUCAAGUAAACGUUAUAAGACACAGGACUUUAAAGGCAUUUCUAGAAAAAUGUCUAAAGCUUUAAAUACACAUUUUGAUAUAGAAAGCUCAACAGAAUCCUGUUAUUUGAAUAAUGGCAUGCGUCUUAUAUGUGAACAUAAAAAAUCUUUCACUACCACCAUAGGAUGUUUCAUUCCAGCUGGUGCAAUGUAUGAAACACUGGAAGAACGUGGUAGCGCUAUAUUUCUAGAACAUUUAUUUUUCAGAAGGACAAAAUGCAGUAACAAAGAAGAAAUAGAAUGCAUGAUAGAAGAAAUUGGUGGAAAAGUUACAGCUCUUGCUAUGAGAGAUAUAUUUCUUUUUUAUGGAACAGUGCUUUCAUGUAAAAUAGACAAACUCAUUCAGUUAUUUGCGAAUAUAAUUUUGAAUGGAGUAAUAUGUGAUAAAGAUGUUACACAAGAAAAAAUUGUAAUUUUAGAAAAACUUUCUGAGAUGGAAUCAGAUAGAGAAAAAAUUAUAAUGGAUUAUUUACCAACUAUUGCAUAUCAGGAUACUGCUCUUGGUAUUAGUGUAUACCCUGCAACUAACAUAGUAAGAAAAUUUUCUACAAGAAAUUUAAUUAAAUUUCGUAAUCGUUUAUUUCAAACAUGUUAUAUGACGAUGGUCUGCACUGGAUCUAUUUAUCUAAAAGAAUUACAGAGAAUUGUUUGUAAACAUUUUGGAUGUAAUAUUGAGGAUUAUAAAUCAUCAUUUGAAAUUUCUAACAAACAACGAUUUUGUAAAGAUCCAAUUGAAUAUCGGUUCACAGCUGCUGAAAUGCGAUUAAGAGAUGAUGAUAAUAAAAUGGGAUAUGCAGCAAUAGGAUUUGAAGGAUCAAGUUAUAGAGAACGUGAAGAUUGCACUGCCCUUACUGUAGCUAAAGAAAUUGUAGGUUCUUGGGACAAGUCAGAUGGCGGAGCAAAUCAUAAUGCACCAUUUAUUGCCCACUAUGCAUACAAUACAGAUUUAUGUUAUAUGUAUAAAUCCUUUUUUCAUCAUUGGGCACAGAGUACUAGUAUUUGGGGCUGUUAUUUCGUUUGUGACUAUUCAACUCUUUUGUAUAUGGUUCGUGCAUUACAAAAAGAGUGGAUGAAAUUAUGCACAACGAUAACCCAGAAAGAAGUAUCUCGAGCUGUUCAUCAAUGCAUUACAAAAGAUUUACUAAUACUAAAUGAUCCAGUAAAUCGUUUCUUUGACAUUGUUGAAAACGUGUAUAGACAUGGAUGUUAUGAACCUGUUGAACAUAGGGUUGUGGAAUACGAGAAUAAUAUCUUUAUAUUACAGAAAGUAACGGCAGAUAAAAUAAGGGAAGUUUCUCAUAAAUACAUCUAUGAUCAGAGCCCAGUUGUUAUAGCUCUUGGCCGUAUUGAAGGUUUUCCUGAUUAUACUCAUGUAAAAAAUGGUUUGUAUUUAUUACGAUAUUAAGUGAUAAAGUAAUAUACUAAUUAUCCUUUGAAAAAAUAUUUAUAAUCUACAAAUAUUUUGUAUCAUGUGAGUUUCUGGUGACCCAAGCUAGACUUUCCAUUUUCACUAGAAAUAAAACCAAAAUCACGAAAUACAAUUAUGAUGUAUAUUUUCAAUAAUAAUUUCUGUAAUUUUGUAACUAUUUAAGAAAUAUAAUAAAAUUAAUGCACGUACGCAUGAAUCAUUGAUGAUCCAAACUUGAAUUCUAACUUAGAUGAUGAAUUACAUAAAAUAAUAUAUUAAAGAUACAAAAAUAUACGAAAUACCAAAAGAAAAUACUUAUAAUAUUUCUCACAAAAAAGUAUAAGUCAAAUUUUUGUCAAUGUAGAAUACACUUAUAUAUUCUACAUUGUCUUCUUUUGCUUGCGGUUCUAAUAAUACAGUUAAUAAUAUGGUUCUAAUAAUAUAUCCAAAAUCCAACAGUUGAUCUUACAUCGCACUUUAGAUAUUUUAAGUGCACUUUUGCAAAACUAAUAAUUCUGACUUAUAUUCUUCCGCUUGCCGACCACAGAUUUAUUAGGUGAAA